AUAAUUUUGAAGAGUGGUGUACCACAAUGUCAAGAUCGUCGACGUUACCGAGACCAAGAGAAUCUGUGUUUACAGGUGGCCUUGACCCAUAUCGUGGUGAUGUCAAUGUCGUUUGUCCGCCAAACCUCCGCGAGUGCGUCCUUGCUAUGGAAGAUUGCUGCGAAGAGGCGCAUGAAGCUCAACAACUUCUUCGAAACGGGACAUUUGAUCUGCCCCGCAUGCGCAAGGUCCUUGAAAGCCAAAGGGUAUUCCUUCUAAUCGACGAGGGCACAGUGCACAAAUAUAAAGCUGAUCUUGCAGACGAGAUUGAGCCUCAGAUCAAUGAACUUAUCGAUCGUGCAGAGAAAGGUCUCAAUGCUUUAACUCGUCGAGAGGGCUUGAUUCAAAGCAAGGUUGAAGUUGCACAGGCCAUGCAGUCUAGAGUCGCGACAGCACCCACCUCAAAUAAGCGCGAAGAAAGACGCCUGCAAAUGCUCUCAAAACAACGUCGGCGACUUGAAGACGAAGUAAAAGUUCUGGAAUCAGAGAUACUAGCCCACACCCUCGGCACGGGAAACAAGCGGAGUGCUUCGCGUUCCUUUGCACCUUGAUUUUUUUUUGGUAUUGUGCAUGCAAAACUGUACUUAUUCUGUAUAUUUUUUUGAUAUGGUAAAUUUGACU